CUUGGAGCUGUUGAAGAUUAACUGCAGAUAUGGCUAAGGCUUUCCGAAAAUUUCUCCCCAUGUUCGACCGAGUGUUGGUGGAACGGUUGGCAGCAGAGACUGUGACGAAAGGAGGCAUCAUGAUUCCAGAAAAGUCCCAAGGCAAAGUGCUGCAGGCCACAGUGGUGGCUGUGGGACCUGGAACCACCACCAAGAAUGGAACUGUAACGCCUGUCUGUGUGAACGUUGGAGAGAAAGUUCUACUUCCAGAAUACGGAGGCACAAAAGUGGUUCUUGAAGAUAAGGAUUAUUUCCUGUUCCGGGAUGCAGAUAUUCUAGGAAAAUAUGUUGACUAAUCCCUGCGAGUGUCUAUUAUAACCACGCUUGUCAUCCCCACGGAGUGGUUGCUUCUUUUUCCUUGUUUUUGGCUUUUCUAUGUUGACAAUUGUAAAUAAUUAUGAUCAUUAUUUGUUAUUAAUAAAAUAAAUUUGGGGGAA